CUAGAUUCUAGACCUAUGGAUUGUGCUUUGUUGUCCGUCAAAUCGUUUCGUCUUGCGAUCAAUUCCAGCCAGUCUGAUUUCUUUCGACGCUAACAGAUGAUGACGAUGCGAAAUUGUUGAAAUAGCUCUUUACACGAGCCGAGUGCGUGAAUAAAACCAAAAAUUUAUCAUAGCACUCGAUAUCGUCGAGAUACAAUGAUACAAUAUUGUUUCAAUAUUGCUUAUAUCAUAUAAUAUUAUUCCGAUUUCGCAUAACAAUUUGCGAAAAAUUGCAUUUUGUUUCUUCGCAGAUUCUUAAAUAUAUUUGUAGCAACCAACGAGUAUUAUUAUCGGAUAUUUUAAUGCGUUUAAUGAAUAUGGAACUCAACGAAUUGGUACAUUGGUAUCAAAAAAAGAUUGGUACAUAUGAUAAACAACAAUGGGAAAGAACCAUAGAGCAAUAUAUUCUCGAUGGACUUACGCAUAUUCCAAUGAGAACAGCAAAACUUAAAACAGAAUUAAUUGACGUUGAUCUUGUUCGUGGAUCUUCAUUUCCAAAAGCCAAACCAAAGCAUGGCUUGUCAACAGUAGCUUGUCUAGCAUUUCAGCGACUCUUGUUUCUUCCAUUGUACAAAAAGUGGUGGAUACAGCAAACAAGUUAUCGCAUCUUCCUGUUUUUCUUGUUACUAUAUAGCUUGCAAGUGGUCAACCUUUCCUUGUAUUACAUUUAUGCAAAUAGAGAAAAUGAAGCAGAAAUUGUAUCGAUGUCAGAAGUAUUAGUACCUGUCGUUAUGAUGUUUGUUCUGUGUAUUGUUCACUCCCAUAUUGUAUCAACACAUUCAGGUCCUACUAUGCUAUGUAAUCAAUCCAGACAACGAAUAACGAGACGCUCUCGACAUAUUAGAUGCAGAAACGGAAAGUCCAGGCAUAGACAAAAUUUACGUAUACAUAAGGAUUCAAAAUCUUCUCAAGAUAUUGCCUCUGAGAAGGCAAGUACAGGAAGUGAAGAAGUAUUCACUGCAGUAAGAUUUGCUAAAAAAGUGGUAAUCGAGAAUUCUUCAACCAUUAAUCAAGCUCAAGAAUCUGCAAAUGCUCAAAUAGUGUUUGACAAAGAGGCAAUAAGUGCAACUGGGGAGAAUUCCAAUCCCCCAAACGAAAGCUCAGCUAAUCAUGAACAGCCGGAUGAUAUGCCAGAAGAACAUGUGGCGAAUAUACAUCAAGAUGACGAUGGCUUUGAGAGUUUAAAUGGUAAUGUUUCUAGUGAUAAUGACAAAAUAAUAGGCCGUGCAAUGGUGCAAGGAAAUAGAUCACGGCAAGGAGUAGCACGACAAAAUAAAGACCGUAUGUCGUGGUCGGAAGAUAGCACUAGUCAACAAGUUUCACUUCCACCACAACGCUCAGCACCCGACCCAUUAAAAAAUGAUGACAAGUUUACGGAUAGUAAAAGCAAUAUUCACAACAGUAUUGAGGAGAAAAAUGUGCCGUCAAAAAUAUUGGGCUCAAGAGAAGCACGGCAGCAGUGCGAGAGUGAGGAGGAAGGCGAGUGCGAGGAAGCUACAACGCAUCAUCUCACAGAAGCAACAACUUCAGCUACAGAAUGGAUGGGAGUAACAACUAAUAGCGACGACUGUAGUUACAGUUCAGAACUUGGAGAAUCUGAUUUAGCCAGUGAGACCAAUCUUAAUUAUGGAGAAUUUGUGGAACAUCCCUUCUCUUGGGAAUUUGAGUUGCCACCUUCGAUAUUAUUAAAUUCUACUUGUACAUCGUCUGAUCGUGUUUCAUGUACGAUUUGGACGCGACGUGAUAUCAAGAAAGCCGAGUUAUCAGUGUUGGACAUCAGUUCAGCAAUCAUCGCCAGAGUCGAAUCUAUGCCAGAGAGCAUGAAUUAUUUUUACAGUGGUCUGAUACUUAGCAUCGCACUAUGUCUAAUACCGUCAAUAAAACGACUGAGCGAUCAUAUAGGAUCGGAUAACAUUAGUAAUGUGUCUGUCAGCCUAUUACCGAGUGAUAUGAUUCAAGUGAACUUGGAAACUUAUACCGAUAUUUUGUGUAGAAUAAUUGGUAUAGCAUUUGGAAGUACUUUCUGGGAACGAAUACUGGUAAUUAUUUCGACGUUCGAGCGACUUAUGCUGUCGUGCUUUUUAUUUUUCUUACUCGCAGUCGCGGAACGCACAUACAAGCAGAGACUUCUGUAUGCUAAGUUAUUCUCUCAUUUAACGUCGUCUAGACGUGCGCAAAAAUCUGAUUUGCCACAUUUUCGCUUGAACAAAGUGCGCAACAUAAAAACGUGGUUGAGUGUUAGAUCUUAUCUGAAACGAAGAGGUCCGCAACGGUCUGUGGAUGUUAUUGUAUCGGCGGUAUUUAUCGUUACGAUAUUAUUGCUGUCAUUCGUAAGUUUGGAAUUGAUUAAAGAUCUUGAAAGCCUACACUCGCGAUAUAACGUCGAAGCGUUAUUUUGGAGCUUCUCGCUUGGAAUAUUUAUAUUACGAUUUAUGACAUUAGGAACAAAAAUCAACAAGAAGUAUAGAAAUCUCUCAGUUUUGAUAACCGAGCAAAUCAAUUUAUAUUUGCAAAUUGAACAAAAGCCACAUAAGAAGGAAGAACUUAUGGUCGCAAAUAGUGUAUUGAAAUUAGCAGCUGACUUGAUAAAGGAAUUGGAGAGUCCAUUCAAGAUCUCUGGGCUCUCAGCUAAUCCGUAUCUAUAUACUAUUACUAAAGUAGUAUUACUAUCAGCACUUUCAGGAGUACUGUCAGAGCUGCUCGGUUUCAAACUCAAGCUGCAUAAAAUAAAAAUAAAAUAAAGCAAUAUAAGAUGUAGUGUGUAUCAAAAAUUACGUAUAUAUUAUCUGCCAAUUUCAGAUUGCCUUUUGAACUUGAAUUUAAUUUUCUUAGCAGCAGAGAUUAUUUUGCUCUUAACUACUCUUAAUGAACAUUGACAGUUAAAUUACUUUAGCUUAUUAAAUUUUGGGAUCAUAUAGAAGAAAAUCUUAUUUAGCUAGUGAAAAUUGAUAAUAAUUUAAUAUAAGAACCGAAAUACUUUUUUUCGAAAA